GUACCUAAAAUUGACAAAAGAAUUUAUCAUCAUAUUUUAAGAGAAUGGUGUAUUUUAUUCUUUUGUCUAAAAAGGAUCUCAUAAUUUACUAUUCAAAUGUUACAAGAAAUUUUAUUUAUUUGUAUAUUUUCAUCGAUUAAAAUUUUAAUUGGGUCCAAAUAUUUAAUAAGAAUAUAUUUAGACCCAAAUAGAUACAAAAUGGGCCUAGUUGGCAGGAUCAUGCAACAGUACAUGCUAACGGCUCCCUUCGGAGUCUCCCAAUUCACGCGCAUACACCCACCACCUCCUCCUAUAAAUACGCAUCUUUCUCCCUCCCUGUUUCUCAUCGGAACCCUAAAAACGAUCACAUCUCUCAGAUUCUCCCCCUCAUCAGAAGAAGAAAUCGCCUCUCAUCCUUCAAAGAAAAUGGCCCAAUUCACCAUCGCCAAGGCGUUCCUCAUCGCCGCCGUGCUCGCCGUCUUCUCCGCGGUUGCUUCCGCUCAGCCAGUCUCUGCCCCAGCACCGGCUCCUGUGACCGGAUCCGCCUUCGCCUCUCCGAUCUCCGCCGUCGUGAUCGUAGGAUCUCUCCUGCUCUCUGUUUCCGCUCUUCUCAGGCACUGAUUUCAAUGUUCGUCGAUCUAUUCCGCUAUGUAUUUUUUUUUACUUUAAUUACUGCUAUUUCAUCCAGUGAUUACACAGUUACGUUGUUAUUAUUGUUACCGUUCGUCUGCUUGGUUUUCGGCGUUGCCGUUUGAGGCGAUGAUCUGAGCCGCAGAUAUUAUUAUCAUUAUUUAUAUCACAUACCUGAGAAUUAUUCACACUUAUAUAAUAUGAAAUCGUUGGUUUUUGUAUAAAUUGCUCUGUUCCGA